UGCACUUUGAGGAAGAAAUAGAACAUUUUUUUGAAAGCAUUGAGUCGGAAGGGUUGCCGUCCAAUUUAGAGGAUGCAUUUCAGGAACUUUUGGGGCAAACACCCAACCUUCCACCUCCUCCUUCCGUUCCUGCUGGACCAUCCGCCCCCCCCCCCCUCAGCCAGCAGCAAUGAAUCAAACUGGAAGAUUUUUCCUGGGAUCAGCUCCAUCAGUAUUUCAGGAGCAAGCUCCAUUGAUGGUCACUCCCAUUACCCCGGUGGGAGCUCACCUCCUCACUCAGCCAGGAACUGAUAGCCAGAAGCUACUGUAUCAGUGGCCUGUAAAUUUGAUCCCCAAAGCACCACCAGGCACUGUUCUUGCUCCUCCACCCACCAGGUCCACUCCAAGAAAACGAACGCGUCAGUCCCAUCAGGAUGACGGACGCCCUUAUAUUAAGAAGCCACCAAAUGCCUUCAUGCUCUAUCUGAAAGAGCAGAGGCCAAAGGUGGUGGCUGAAUUGAACAUGAGUGGGAGUGCAGCUGUUAAUGCAGUUGUGGGAGCGAGAUGAAAGUUGCUCUCAAAAGAUGAGCAGGCAAAAUAUUUUGAUCAGGCGGCGACAGAAAGAUGGCGCCACACAAAAAAGCAUCCACAGUGGUCCACUAAAGACAACUACGGCCAAAAGAGGAAGAGAGUCAGAAAUCGGAGCUGUACCACCGUGUCUGCAUCUGACCAGGAAGAUCAGCAGGUCAAGAAGGCUUACAUCACGCCAGCUCAGCAGCCACAGACACAGCCAGGUGUUGCUAGCCUGCCUCACCAGCAGGCAGCGUGUCUGCAGCUGCCAAAUCAGGUCCUCUCCUCCUCACAUGUGGAUGUUCCUACAGACCUCUGCGCUGGUACUAAACUAAGUAUCACCAGCCCUGCUUUUCCUGUGGAUUCCACUCCAUCGACAUCAUUUGCCUCCCAAGCAAGACUGUUUCAACCCCGAACAGAGCCCAUCCUUUACAGCGACACUGACAUGUGGUCAGUGCUUGAUCACCGUCCCAUCUUCCAGAGUGAUCUGAUCUCAACUCAGUCAGACGCCUCCACUGGUCCUCAGCUAAACCAGGAAAGCGCUGCACUCACUCAGACAACAGCUACGUCCCAAAGCUAUGCAGACCUCACUACUGUGGACGUCA